GCUGCUGCUCCUGCAGGCUUUCUGAAGAGUGCCCACUACUCUCACGCUGCUGCCGAUGCAUCCAGCAUGCUGGAAACACUUACUGCCGACGGCAGAUUAGACCGGCUUUGAAACCCCCGCUGUCCUGGCAGAUCCUGUCUGGUUGACGGUUUGAAUCUAAUACUCGGAGCUUGUCAUAAACGUGCCUGUGGAUUUUGUACCUAACCCCUGUUUACCUAAAGACUGUGCAGUCUCACCAGCCGUGGUCGUAAAGGAAACUGGCAGCCGCCUGCGCGUGUGUCGGAACUUUGUGCGUUUUAUGAAUUCUUUCGGUGCGGCGCGUUGUAGUGUUUGUUUGGUAAAUGGAAUUGCAGCGGACCUCUAGCAUCCCAGGGCCAUUGUCCCCCGGAUACACAGCCCAGGUUCCUUACAAUUACAACCAGCUUGAGGGACGGUUCAAGCAGUUACAAGAUGAACGUGAAGCUGUCCAGAAGAAGACUUUCACGAAAUGGGUGAAUUCACACCUGGCACGCGUGUCGUGCAGAAUUACCGAUCUAUACACAGACCUUCGAGAUGGGCGAAUGCUGAUCAAACUGCUGGAAGUUCUUUCCGGGGAAAGACUUCCCAAACCCACCAAGGGAAGAAUGCGUAUACAUUGUUUGGAGAAUGUAGACAAAGCCCUGCAGUUCCUGAAAGAACAAAGAGUUCAUCUGGAGAACAUGGGAUCUCAUGACAUUGUUGAUGGAAAUCACAGACUGAUCCUGGGACUUAUCUGGACCAUCAUUCUCAGAUUCCAGAUUCAAGAUAUUAGCGUGGAAACCGAGGACAACAAGGAGAAAAAAUCUGCAAAGGAUGCGCUGCUUUUAUGGUGCCAGAUGAAGACAGCUGGUUACCCGAAUGUGAAUAUCCACAACUUCACCACGAGCUGGAGGGAUGGCAUGGCGUUCAACGCACUCAUCCAUAAACACAGGCCGGACUUAAUUGACUUUGAUAAAUUGAAGAAAUCUAAUGCACACUACAAUCUGCAAAAUGCUUUCAACCUGGCAGAGCAGCAUCUUGGCCUUACUAAGCUUCUGGACCCAGAGGAUAUCAGCGUGGAUCACCCUGAUGAGAAAUCCAUCAUUACGUACGUUGUAACAUAUUACCACUACUUUUCUAAGAUGAAGGCUCUGGCCGUGGAAGGCAAACGUAUCGGAAAAGUCCUGGACAAUGCUAUCGAAACUGAGAAAAUGAUUGAGAAGUAUGAAUCUCUGGCCUCUGACCUCCUGGAAUGGAUUGAACAAACCAUAAUUAUCUUGAACAAUCGGAAGUUUGCAAACUCCUUGGUCGGUGUGCAACAGCAGCUUCAGGCAUUCAACACAUAUCGUACAGUGGAAAAGCCACCGAAGUUCACAGAGAAAGGAAAUUUGGAAGUGCUGCUUUUCACCAUUCAAAGUAAAAUGAGGGCCAAUAAUCAGAAAGUGUACAUGCCGAGGGAAGGCAAACUCAUCUCAGACAUCAACAAGGCCUGGGAACGACUGGAAAAAGCUGAGCAUGAGCGAGAACUGGCGCUCCGCAACGAGCUGAUCAGACAGGAGAAACUGGAACAGCUAGCCCGCAGGUUUGAUCGCAAGGCAGCUAUGCGGGAGACCUGGCUCAGUGAAAAUCAACGCUUGGUGUCACAGGAUAACUUUGGAUUUGACUUGCCGGCUGUUGAAGCAGCGACUAAGAAACACGAAGCCAUUGAAACAGACAUUGCAGCCUAUGAAGAGCGUGUUCAGGCGGUGGUAGCCGUAGCAAGAGAACUGGAAGCUGAAAACUACCAUGACAUAAAACGCAUCACUGCCCGCAAAGACAACGUAAUCAGACUAUGGGAGUAUCUCCUUGAGCUGCUUCGUGCAAGACGACAGCGUCUGGAAUUGAACCUUGGGCUGCAAAAAGUUUUCCAGGAAAUGCUCUACAUUAUGGACUGGAUGGACGAAAUGAAGGUGCUACUGUUGUCCCAAGAUUAUGGGAAACAUUUGUUGGGAGUGGAGGACCUGUUGCAGAAACAUGCCCUGGUGGAGGCAGACAUUUCCAUUCAGGCCGAGCGAGUGCGAGCAGUGAACGCCUCUGCCCAGAGAUUUGCCGCAGGAGGGGAUGGUUAUAAACCAUGUGACCCUCAGGUUAUCCGGGAUCGUGUGGCUCAUAUGGAGUUUUGUUACCAAGAGUUAUGCCAGUUGGCCGUUGAAAGAAGGUCGCGCCUGGAAGAGUCCAGGCGCCUUUGGAAGUUUUUCUGGGAAAUGGCAGAAGAGGAAGGGUGGAUUAGGGAGAAGGAGCAGAUAUUGUCUUCCGAUGACUAUGGAAAGGACUUGACAAGUGUUGUCCGUCUGCUAAGCAAACAUAAAGCGUUUGAAGAUGAAAUGAGUGGACGCAGUGGUCACUUACUACAGACCAUAAAAGAAGGCGAGGAGAUGAUUGCAGAAGAACAUUUCGGAUCUGAAAAAAUAAAGGAGAGAGUUGUUGAUAUUCAGGAGCAAUGGGCUAACCUUGAAAAGUUGUCUGCUAUAAGAAAGAAGCGUCUGGAAGAAACAUCCAGUUUCCAUCAGUUUCAGGCGGAUGCUGAUGACAUUGAUGCCUGGAUGGUAGACAUUCUGAGGAUUGUGUCAAGCAAUGAUGUUGGCCAUGACGAAUAUUCCACUCAGUCCUUGGUGAAAAAGCACAAGGAUGUUGCCGAAGAAAUCGCAAAUUACAGGUCCACUAUUGAUGCCCUCCAUGAGCAGGCUGGGGCUCUACCAGAGGACCAGUUUGAUUCUUCAGAAGUGCAGAGCAGGUUAUCAGGAAUGGAGGAACGGUACAAAGAGUUGGCGGAACUGUCACGGCUCCGGAAACAGGCCCUGCAGGAUGCCCUUACGUUGUACAAGAUGUUCAGUGAAGCAGAUGCAUGUGAACUCUGGAUUGAUGAGAAGGAGCAGUGGCUAAACAACAUGCAAAUCCCUGAGAAACUGGAAGAUCUGGAGGUCAUACAGCACAGAUUUGAAAGUUUGGAGCCAGAAAUGAACAAUCAAGCUUCACGAGUGGCUGUUGUGAACCAAAUUGCUCGUCAGCUGAUUCAUAGUGGACAUCCAAGUGAAAGAGAAAUCAAAGCACAGCAAGAUAAGCUGAACACCAGAUGGAGUCAAUUUAGAGAGCUAGUUGACAGAACAAAGGAUGCACUUAACUCCGCUCUGAGCAUUCAGAACUACCAUCUUGAGUGCAAUGAGACCAAGUCCUGGAUUAGAGAGAAGACAAAGGUGAUUGAAUCCACACAAGAGCUUGGCAAUGACCUUGCUGGAGUCAUGGCUCUCCAGAGGAAGUUGACUGGUAUGGAACGGGACCUGGCUGCCAUUGAGGCUAAAUUAACUGAUCUUCAAAAAGAGGCAGAGAAACUGGAAGCUGAACACCCUGACCAGGCUCAGGCAAUAUUGGACAGACUCGCCGAAAUUAACGAUGUUUGGGAAGAAAUGAAAACCACUCUGAAGACCAGAGAAGAGUCUUUAGGAGAAGCCAGCAAGCUGCAGCAGUUCUUGCGCGAGUUAGAUGACUUCCAGUCUUGGCUGUCCAGAACCCAAACGGCUAUUGCCUCAGAAGAUAUGCCAAACACGUUGGCUGAGGCUGAAAAGCUGCUUACUCAGCAUGAAAGCAUUAAAAAUGAAAUUUACAAUUACGAGGAGGAUUACCAGAAAAUGAGGGACAUGGGGGAGAUGGUAACACAAGGGCAAACAGAUGCACAGUACAUGUUCUUACAUCAGCGUCUCCAGGCUCUUGAUACCGGAUGGAAUGAGCUUCACAAAAUGUGGGAGAACAGGCAAAACCUUCUGUCUCAGUCCCACGCUUAUCAGCUCUUCCUGAGAGAUACAAAGCAGGCAGAAGCAUUUCUUAAUAACCAGGAAUAUGUCCUGGCGCAUACCGAAAUGCCCAAUAACCUGGAAGCCGCAGAAGCGGCCAUCAAGAAGCAGGAAGAUUUCAUGACCACAAUGGAUGCCAGUGAGGAGAAAAUCAAGGCUGUAGUAGAAACUGGGAGACGUCUGGUCAAAGACGGCAACAUCAACUCUGACAGGAUUCAAGAGAAAGUCGAUUCAAUUGAUGACAGACAUAGAAGAAAUCGAGAGGCAGCAAAUGAUCUCUUGAUGCGGCUGAAGGAUAACCAAGAGAUGCAAAAGUUUCUCCAGGAUUUCCAGGAGCUCUCUCUGUGGAUUAACGAGAAGAUGCUCACGGCCCGUGACAUGUCCUAUGAUGAAGCCAGGAAUCUGCACAGCAAGUGGCUGAAACACCAGGCCUUCAUGGCAGAACUGGCAUCCAAUAAGGAGUGGCUGGACAAAAUUGAAAAGGAAGGAAACCUGCUCAUUGCAGAAAAGCCAGAAACCGAGGUCGUCGUGAAGGAGAAGAUGACAGCCUUACAUAAAAUGUGGGAAGAGUUGGAGUCUACGACACAGAUGAAAGCCCAGAGGCUUUUUGAUGCCAACAAAGCUGAACUUUUCACCCAGAGCUGUGCGGAUUUGGACAAGUGGCUCCACGGUUUGGAAAGUCAGAUUCAGUCAGACGACUAUGGGAAGGACCUCACCAGCGUGAAUAUCCUUCUGAAAAAGCAGCAGAUGCUGGAGAACCAGAUGGAUGUGCGCAAGAAGGAGGUAGAAGAGCUACGAAGCCAAGCUCAGGCACUGAGUCAGGAGGGAAAGAGCCCAGACGAAGUGGAUGGCAAGCGUGUGGUGGUGGAGCAUAGAUUCAUGGAACUGCUCGCCCCUCUGAAUGAGAGGAAGAAGUACCUGCUGGCUUCCAAAGAAAUCCACCAGUUUAACCGGGAUGUGGAAGAUGAAAUUCUCUGGGUUGAAGAGAGGAUGCCUAUUGCUACUUCAACCGACCACGGACACAACCUCCAGACUGUACAGCUGUUGAUAAAGAAAAACCAGACCCUUCAGAAGGAGAUCCAGGGCCACCAGCACCGCAAUGAUGAUAUUUUCGAGAGGAGCCAAAAGAUUUUGGAAGAUGGAAGCCUCAAUGCAGAACCAAUUAAGCAGAGGCUGGCAGAUCUCCAGGCUCUAUGGAACCUCUUAAUCGAAGAGACAGAGAAGAGGCAUAAGAGGCUAGAGGAAGCCCACAAAGCCCAGCAGUAUUACUUCGAUGCUGCUGAAGCUGAAGCCUGGAUGAGCGAGCAGGAGCUGUACAUGAUGUCGGAGGAGAAGGCUAAGGAUGAGCAGAGUGCAGUUUCUAUGCUGAAAAAGCAUCAGAUUCUGGAACAGGCGGUGGAGGACUACGCAGAAACCGUGCACCAGCUUUCCAAAACCAGCAGGGCACUGGUGGCAGAUGGUCAUCCAGAGAGUGAACGCAUCAGUAUGCGCCAGUCCAAAGUCGAUAAGCUGUACGCGGGUCUGAAGGAUCUUUCUGAAGAGAGAAGAGGAAAACUAGACGAACGACACAGGCUUUUCCAGCUGAACCGCGAGGUCGAUGACUUAGAGCAAUGGAUCGCUGAGAGAGAAGUGGUGGCAGGAUCGCAUGAGCUCGGGCAGGAUUAUGAGCAUGUUACAAUGUUACAAGAAAGGUUCCGAGAGUUUGCACGUGACACCGGCCAUAUUGGCCAGGAGAGGGUGGACGCGGUCAACCACAUGGCGGACGAUCUUAUUAAUUCUGGACAUUCGGAUGCAGCUACCAUUGCCGAAUGGAAGGAUGGUCUCAAUGAGGCGUGGGCCGACCUGCUGGAACUGAUUGACACAAGAACACAGAUAUUGGCUGCCUCUUACGAACUGCACAAAUUCUACCACGACGCAAAGGAGGUCUUUGGACGCAUUCAAGAUAAACAUAAGAAACUUCCAGAAGAGCUGGGCCGAGAUCAGAACACCGUGGAAACACUACAAAGGAUGCAUACUACAUUUGAACAUGACAUUCAAGCGCUUGGCACACAGGUCAGGCAGCUGCAGGAAGAUGCAGCCCGAUUGCAAGCCGCGUAUGCAGGUGAUAAAGCAGAUGAUAUACAAAAAAGAGAGAGCGAGGUCCUGGAGGCCUGGAAAGCUUUGCUGGAUGCCUGUGAGGGACGUAGGCUGCGGCUGGUGGACACGGGGGACAAGUUCCGAUUUUUCAGCAUGGUGCGAGACCUUAUGCUCUGGAUGGAAGAAGUUAUCCGGCACAUCGAAGCCCAGGAGAAGCCAAGGGAUGUUUCAUCAGUAGAAUUGCUAAUGAAUAAUCACCAGGGCGUUAAAGCUGAAAUCGAUGCCCGUAAUGACAGUUUCACCACCUGUAUUGAGCUUGGAAAGUCUCUUUUGGCGAGGAAGCACUACGCAUCCGAAGAGAUAAAGGAGAAAUUGCUGCAGUUGACGGAGAAGAGAAAAGAGAUGAUUGACAAGUGGGAGGACAGAUGGGAAUGGCUGAGACUGAUUCUGGAGGUGCACCAGUUUUCCAGAGAUGCAAGUGUUGCGGAAGCCUGGCUGAUGGGACAGGAGCCGUACCUAUCAAGUCGUGAAAUAGGCCAGAGUGUGGACGAAGUGGAAAAACUCAUCAAAAGACACGAAGCGUUUGAGAAAUCAGCAGCUACUUGGGAUGAGAGGUUUUCAGCUUUGGAAAGACUUACAACGUUGGAAUUGUUGGAAGUACGUCGACUACAAGAAGAAGAGGAAAGAAAGAGAAAGCCUCCUACUCCCGAGCUUAGUCCGAAGGCGUCCGAGGAAGGGGAGUCUCCACAGCAGUGGGACGGGGCCAAAGAAGGAGAACAAGUUUCUCAAAAUGGAUUGCCGUCUGACCAGGAGUCCCCACGGAUGGCAGAAAAUGCUGACACCAAUGAAAUGGUUAACGGAUCAACAGAACAGAGGUCAAGUUCUAAGGAAUCCAGUCCCAUUCCUUCACCGACCACCGAUCGUAAAUCCAAAUCCGGCAUGCAGCCUCAGACGGCCUCCACCCUGCCCGCCAAGACGCAGGAGCUGCCUUCCGCCCAGUUUGAAGGCUUCCUGCAUCGCAAACAUGAAUGGGAGGCACACAACAAAAAAGCCUCAAGCAGAUCCUGGCAUAAUGUGUACUGUGUGAUAAACAACCAGGAAAUGGGAUUUUACAAAGAUUCCAAAAAUGCUGCAUCCGGUAUCACAUAUCACAACGAGAUCCCCGUCAAUCUGAAGGAAGCUGUCUGUGAAGUAGCAACAGACUACAAAAAGAAAAAGCAUGUGUUCAAAUUAAAAUUAAAUGAUGGUAAUGAGUACCUCUUCCAAGCCAAAGAUGAUGAGGAAAUGAACACAUGGAUUCAGGCCAUUACAAACGCAAUCACAUCUGACAAAACCGAGGUGUCUCUGAGCACACAGAGCACCCCAGCGUCCAGCCGUGCCCAAACCCUGCCCGCCAGCGUGACCGUAACCACCGAGUCCAGCCCUGGCAAGCGAGAGAAGGACAAAGAGAAGGAUAAGGAAAAGAGAUUCAGUCUCUUUGGGAAGAAGAAGUGAACUACAUCCUGAAAUUUCAAUAGAAAAAACCCACUGCACUUCUAUUACAUUUUCAGUAAAAUGUCAGCAUGCGAGCUCAGAACCAAUACUUUACUCUGUGCCUAAUGUUCUCCGAUGUGAUUAAAAUGUUUUAUUUAUAGGAUCAUUUGGAAGGAAUAUGCCAAUAAUAAUAAAUCAAAGUUUGAGGAGCGUUGGGCAUAUUCUGUUUUGAGAAAGAGGACCAUGAUUUCUUUUUUCCCCACUUUCCAAAAUGAUUGUAGAUUUACCUUAAUAUUUAAACACGUCCUCAAUUGUGUGAGGCUGUCUUGGAAACGACCCACAUUUAGAUACGCGGAUAAGCAAGACGGCCGCGCUUUAACGGGAAACGUCCGCGUAGCAGACCGAUGUAAAAAGUUUCGAAUCACAUCUCCACUUUCACUCACCGAGGUUGGCAAUGCCCAGUUUUGAUAACAAGAAUCCUUAGUUAAUGAUCUACCUGGUAAGAGAGCGCAGACACAUUAAUUUGCCGAUAGAUUGACCCUGGCACUUAUUAACACGAACACAUAGCUUUCAAAAGCGUCACGCGUGAACCCCAAAUGUCGGUGUUAAAGAAGGAUUAGCAGUUUUAAAUCUGUAAUUUUAAAACUUUUUUUUUGCUGAAAUACACUAUAUUGUACGUUUCUGAUUUAAUCCUAGUACAAGCUAUAAUAAGGCUAGAUGUAUAAUAAACUCUUUAAAAUCAUCAAUGUUAUAUGUACAAGUGGAAAUGAAGCAUUUACUGGAAAAAAAAAGUAAUGUUACUCAGUUGAUUACUUGCUUGUCAGCUGCAGCACUCUGUGUUAUAAUUUUUGCUACAUUUCUUUGCUAUUUGAUACAUAGUGUGCAUUUCUCUGUCACUGUAACUAUUGUAAUGAUUAAAAUUUACAUUUUACUGCACAAUCAAAUGACAUUUAUUAGGAAUGAUACCCUCUCAGUAACUGGGCCUGUAGCCAGAGUCCGGGAACCGGCUUUCAGUUGAAUGGAUCUGUACCUCUAGACUUUACCCUAUCUGUUAAAUAUAUGCGAUGUCAUUAAAUGCUUUUAAAAAUGA